AGCAAGGAGUGACAGCUGGUUUCUUUUGCUCCACCCCCUCUCUUUUCCCCCAAACACAGAGCAGAAAUUCACCUCCGACAACACUGCUUUCAAGCUCCUGUGGACACGGUGCAUCCAGGACCCAUGGCACGCAGCACUCGGUACUCUUCUGCGGGGACAGUGCAGACAGCCGCCUUCCUCUCAGCAUGAAGCACCUCACCCCAGCACCCCGGGCCACCCUGGCCCUCAGCCUGUUCUUUGCCUCCUUCCACUUGGCUUGCUUGGCAGAAGCAAGGAACAGCAUCAACUCAACCUUGACCACCCACCACCCAGACCCCGGAACCCUGGAGCAGUGUCCCAACGUGGACUUCUGCCCACAGGCAGCCCGGUGCUGCCACGCUGGAGUGGAUGAGUAUGGCUGGAUUGCGGCCGCGGUUGGCUGGAGUCUGUGGUUCCUCACCCUCAUCCUCCUCUGUGUGGAUAAACUGAUGAAGCUCACACCAGAAGAGCCCAAGGAUUUGCAAGCAUGAGGCUUAGAGCUGUAGCCCCAAGAAUGUCUGUCACCACCGAACUGUGGGUAACGGCAGGAGGGGAGUGUUGCUGAUGUGAUUUCUGCCAUGUUACAGUCACUUGUCACCUCUGUGCGUCAGUUGCUUUUAAAAGGGAAGGCAGACAGACAGGGGGAUCCAAGUAAGGAAGGCCAGUGCCACUUCACACCUAGAUUCACAAGGCAGUCAUGCCUUCUAAGUGCUGACAACUUCUUUUCUCAGUCUAUGGGGACUGCUUCUCUUUUCACCAUUGUUUCCUUCUGGAAGUACAAGAAACAUGCGACCUGGCCUCUUGUCCACACAUUCGGAAUUAAAGUCAGAGCCUUCUCGCCAAAAA